AUGGAUCAACCGUCCCAUACUUCUCAGCGGCCGCUGCGUAUAGGCACCCGCCGAUCAAAAUUGGCCGUUGUUCAAACAGAGGGUAUCCGUGACAGUCUGCAAAAGCUGGCACCAGGACGAACCUUUCAAAUCGAGGCACUGCAUACAUUAGGUGACAAGGACAAGUCCACAGCUCUCUACAGCUUUGGCGAGAAGAGUCUAUGGACCGCCGAGCUAGAAGAGAAGCUCACAUCAGGCGAAAUAGACGUCGUUGUGCAUUGCUUGAAAGAUAUGCCAACAUUACUCCCUGAUUCAUGUGAUCUGGCCGCUAUUCCUUUGAGAGAUGAUCCCCGUGAUGCUCUCAUAAUCAAGGCUAGCCUUCCAUACAACAGCUUGCAGGAUCUUCCCGAGGGUGCGGUCAUAGGCACCUCGUCCGUACGUCGCUCAGCGCAGCUCCGCCGCCUCUACCCGCAUCUGCGAUUCGCAAACUUGCGUGGCAACGUCGAAACCCGCUUAGCAAAGGUGGACAGUCCUGAAAGUGAAUACACCUGCAUGAUUAUGUCCGCCGCUGGCCUUGAGCGUAUCGGGUUGAAGCACCGCAUCAAUCAGUACCUCGGCUCCAAAGACGGAGGUAUUUUACACGCCGUCGGACAAGGGGCUCUUGGUCUAGAAAUUCGCAAGGGAGACACUGAAACACAAGAAUUUGUGAACCAGCUGGGUGACGAGAAGGCCACGCUUGCUUGUCUUGCUGAGCGGUCUCUGCUUCGUACCCUUGAGGGGGGUUGCAGUGUUCCAAUUGGCGUGGAGACGGAGUGGGUUGGACAGCCUGAUGAUCAUGUGCUGAGAAUGAGGGCUAUUGUUGUCAGUCUCGAUGGCACGGAGAGUGUUGAGCGUAGUUUGGAUGCUGCGUUACGUACGAAUGAUGAAGCAACGAGAAUGGGAAGCGAACUUGCUGCGAAGCUGGUCGAUGGGGGAGCUGAGAGAAUCCUACGGGCUAUUUUAGCAGAUAGACCGUCUAAAGAAUAA